AUGGACAAUUCCUUAAAUGAUAUGAAGGAAAAGGAAAGUAGAGAACCAUGCUAUGAUGAAUAUCAUAAUGAAAACUUACUACAUCUACAAAGAAAACCGAACAUAAAUAAUAGAACCCAUUUUUUGAAAAAUGUGGAAAUUAAAAGUAGACGUAAUGGAUCUAAAUACAGAUCCUAUAAUAUUUUUCCCCAUGGUGGAUUCUUCUAUCAUGAUAUAAUCAUAAAAGAUGUCACAAAAUUUUAUUUUAAAGAGGGAAGUGGUUAUUUCGACAGUUGGAAGAAUAUCAGCAUAGGUUUUCAGAAUAGCCCACAUCAGAACCAAUGUGCCGGUCCCGGUUACAUAUUUCUUGCAGCAGGGAUGAUGAAAGAACAUCAAAGGAAAAAAAAACACAGAGAAAAAAACAGAAUGGUUUUUAUAUUUUUCCUCAAUGAGACGUUUCUCAAGAGGAUGAAAGCCGGAAGGUGCGGUGGGCGAAGUGGGAGAAGCAAACGAAACGAAGGAGGUAGAAAAAGUGGAAAAAGUGACCAAGUAGACCGUCCAUGGAAGCCAACCCCAGGGAAGAAUAAUUUCGCAGAUGCCAAGAGACACUUAGAAGUACACCAAGAAAAAAGAAAAAUGAGGAAGAGAAGGAGGAGAGAGAAAGACAAUCGACUGAGAGAUAUAGAUGCCAUAUUAGAUGAAAAGGGAAAACAUGAUAAUUCGUUCAUAAAAACCAAAACUUCGUUAUUUUUUGAAGCUAUUAAAAGUAGAGAUGGUGGGACGUGCACAGAUGUAAACAGAAGCAGGAAAAACAUCAAUUUUGAAUCACUUUACAAUGAUCAGAAAUUUGUGGGUUCAAAUGAUACGGGAAAGGUUAAAGCUGUGGCGAGCUCCAAAACGGAUUCUUCACACCGUUGUAGAACCGUCGACAGGGGAACCUGUUUUGUGGAAGAGCAGAAGAAUUGCUCAGAUGGCCGUUCAGAUGGUUUCUCAGGUGAUAGUUCAGAUGACUUCACAGAUUUAUCAGAUGUCUCAAACACGUCAAGCUUCUCAAACAUGUCAAACAGCUCGGAUGGGUGUUCUUCCGACUAUGACAAUCAAGCACACUAUGGACAGCAGCAGCACGGACGAAGGAGAAAUGUAUACAGCGACAGAAAGGGGCUGUUCAUGGUAAAUGUAUUGCACCACGAGAACAAGGUAUAUUCAGUAAAAUGGAAAGAAAGACAAGAUGAAGAAUUUUGCAUUGUUGCAUCCAUUUGUUUUGAUGGGUACAUUUAUAUAUGGAAGGAGCACAGGAAUAGUCAAAAUAAAUUUACAUUUACAUCUGUAUGCAGAAUAUAUAUUCCUUAUUUUGAACAGAUGAUUAGAAAUGUAAAAUGGUGUUGGGUAGACAAAGACACGACGAGUGAAAAUUACUGUCGUCUUUUAAGUAGCAAUAAAAAUAUAAACAUUGCAAAAAAUGAAUAUUUAAUUGUAUAUGGAUCUAGAAACGAGUUGAAUCCAAAUGGUAAUGAUUCAGAUUCGUUCGUUAGUUUGGCAAAGACCGAAAUGAGGAAUCGCACACUGGAUGUCCAUGUUGGAGUUAGUUCCAUGAUUGGAAGUGAUGCAGAGAUUAGAAGUGAAGCAGAGAUUAGAAGUGAAGCAGAGAUUAGAAGUGAAAGCACCACCACAGCAAGUCGUAUGAACCAAGGAAACGAAAAGGAACGAGUUAUUUUAUCAAUUUAUGCAAUUUUUAACAUGUACAGCAAUAACAUCCAUAUAAAGAACAUUUUGAACUAUGAAAACAUACCCAUAAGUGUUAACUAUCACUACAUUUUAAAUGCCAAAAUUAAAUAUGAAAUUAUGAACACGUCUCUUAUUUCUAUUUACACAGAUGAUACAUACCUUCCAGAAAAUGAAUACAAUAUGAAAUAUGGAAAAUGGAAAAUAAAAAAAAUUUCUUCAUUAUCAGAUUCGGUACUCUUACAAAAAGGUAUAUCACACGAAAAUGACGUGAUAAAUUUGGAUCAUGUAGAUGCAACUGAUUAUUCACUUUCCUCGAGUUGUACCGAAUCUAAAAUAUGUUACAGUGAUGAUGCACAGGAGGAGAUGAGGGAAAAUGACAAUGUUGUAGAAUGUCAGAAAAAAAAUGGUAACAUUGCAAAUCGACACAAUCGUUCCAUAUAUGAACACAUGCAUCGUGAAGAAUAUUAUCGUAAGGAUAGAAAUAAAGAAAAUGAUUUUCUCUUAUUUCAAAAGCUUUUCAGCACGAUUAGUAAUUUGAUGCCACCCUUUUCUUUAACAGUUUCUACAUAUAAUUCUGAUUUUUACAAAAUUUAUAUCAAACCUAGUGAUAUAUGGAUAAAGAAAAAAAAAAGUAUCAGCGUGAGGUAUAUGUUAGAUUACAAAGCGUAUGACUCUGCUCACAAAUGGAGGGAGAAUUCGCACAAUUGGAAGAAGAAGGAGAAGAUGCACAAGGGGGAAAAAAAAAUAAAAAUAAAGAAAUUUAAAAAAUUAGAAUCCCCUGAACAUGUAAUGCAUGACAACUACACAUUCCAUCUUAGUAUCAAUCACAACAUUUUUCUGGCUCACAAUGGAAAAAACGGAAAAAUAUUUCUAUAUGAUUUUUCCUCAAGUGUUAAGAGGAAAAAGAAUUCCAUCGAUUGUGUCUCAGAAGGGGAAGCAGACAGAGAGGAGCGAACGGGAAGUGUGAAGAGGAAUGAGAAGAAAAAUGAGAAGAGCAAUGUGAAGAAAAAUGAGAAGAAAAAUGAGAAGAAGCAAAUAAUGGGUAAUAAGCAUCGAUGGAGGGUGAAUCAUAACGACGAAAGGAUUAUCACUAGUGAAAACAGUACCCAACCAGGUUUAAUGAAUGCAAAUGUGCAUAGAUCUCUGAAGUCAUUAUGCACAGAAAAGAGAAAGAGGAUGUCAUCAAAUGUGGAUCAUAAUCAUUCCUUAUAUUAUCAGUCUGGUGAAAAUCUCUCAUCAGUUGUGAAUAACCCACAUGAUAAUCGGGAAAUCGAGAUUAGUUUAAGUAAAGAUAACUUAUGCAAUGGUAACACCCCAGGGAAUGAUGCCAAUUCGAAAUGUGAAGGAGUGAAAAGAGGGCUGAAAGGGAAAAAGAAAAAAGAAGAAGAUGGAGAAGAAGAAGAUGGAGAAGAAGAAGAUGGAGAAGAAGAAGAUGGAGAAGAAGAAGAUGGAGAAAAUGACGAUAGAGAAGAAGACAAUAGAGAAGAAGCCUAUAGAGAAGAAGACGAUAGAGAAAAUGAAGGAAAAUUCCACAUGAUAUGCUGCCUGAACAGCAUAUACAUAGACAAAUACUACAUUUUGAAACAUAAAGGAAUCGACAGCCUAAGCAAGAAAAACCAUUUCAUCUACUCCUAUUCGCAUAAAUUAUGCAAUUAUUAUGAACAAGUUAGAAAAAAUACGCAUCUGUUCAUGUCAACUAGGGAAUUUUUAGAAAAAAAAAAUGUGAUUCCACUUGCGUACAAAAGUAAAAUUAUGGAAUCAUUCGACUCCUAUUUUUUACUAAUGUGUAUAGAUGAAACUCAAGAAUAUAUAUUCGUGCUGAAAUCAGAAAAGUGGAACAUUGUUCACAAUGUAAAACUCUUGUGCGUCUUUGAUGACGACCAUGGUGCGUUAUCUUGUAGUGCACCCCAUAACGGACCACCCCAUAGCGGAUCCGCACAAAACAACAAGUACAUAAAUAAGGUCAAGCAAGACCUGGUGAACUUAGAAAAAAAACAGUUCAAAAUAACAGAACAUAGGAUAAAAGAUUUUCAUGUGUAUAUCCGAAAUAAAGAACACUACUUAUUCUUAAUUAUUAAAUAUGAAUAUACCACAAACCCUGAAAAAGAAAAAAAAUACGUAUACCUAGUUACCUUAUCAACUGUACAAAUUUGCAAAGAGAGCUUUAUAUACAUAAAAUUGAACUUAAAAGAAAUGUUUACUUUUUUUAAUUCCAUAGAAGAAAAGUUUUUAUUUUCCUUCUUUCAUUUAUCAUACCAAAGUAAAUUUAUUUUUACAACCAAUUAUGCCUUACAUCAACAUAUGCACGAUACAUUGACUCUUGGGGAAAACGGAUUUGGACAUAGACAUACCUCCACAAGGAGUGAAUCACAAAUCAAAAAUGCAAAUGAUUUUAAAAUUUCUCAACACGAAAAAUAUAAUAACAACACAGAUUACAGCUUCGAAAUGGUGGAAGAAUGGCCGCUCGAAAAUACUGAUGAGGUUUUUUUUUCAAGGAGUGAAAAAAUACUCACCAUUAGAAAUUGCAUGUUACAUGUUAGGCUCGAUUCAGAACAGAAAAUUCAAUACGUGAUGCUCUUGGAUGAUGGCACAGGAAGGGGUGGCGAUGGUGGUAGUGACGUCCAUACCCAUUCAGUAUGCAGAGAAAGAAACUCGAUUGGAUGCAAUUCCCAACUUUUGCACAGGGGCAGCACGCAAAAGGGUGAAAUUGGAUUGAAUGAAAAAAAUGAGAAGAAAAGGAGAGAAUCGGAAGUAGCAGAAGCAGCAGAAGUGGCAGAAGCAGAAGAAGUAGCAGAAAAGCCCGUGAAAAAGGACGCUAUAAAUUUGUAUCUCUUCUGCACAGAGAACGGAAGUGUCUCACACCAUGUCCAAAUCAGAAAUGUUACCAACCUUGUUGAUGUAGUUACGUACGAUUGGUACAUCGUAUUGAUAACGAAAAAAAGAUUGCAUAUUUUGAAUUUAAACAUGAUGUGCAACGAGUUAAUUAACGUGAACAGGGUGACAUUUUCAGACCAAGAAUUAGCACUACCUCCCAUCGGAAUGAUAAAAAGAAUGAACUUUGUUUCUUUACCAUUCCCGAAAAUGUUUGCAAAUAAAAAGACAAAAUUGUUUAUGACGUGUUCAGAUGAAAAAAGUGCAUAUUUUAUAGUAGUAAGCUUUUUAAUGAAUUUCAGAAAUUGCAGACCAAAUAAAUGGAAGAGAAAAAGUAACGAUAAUCAACAUUACUCUCGAAUCAAGAUAAACAAAAAGAAAAAUUAUUACGUCACCAUGAUUUUGUACAAUAAUACACCCAAUAUGGAUCAGUGGAAAUUUUUAAAAAUAAAAAAUGAAAUUUUCCUUAUUUCAAAACAUAUUUUUUUAUUCGAAAAUAAUUUAUUUCUUCUUAAGGGAAGAUAUAAAAAAGGUAUAUUCACACAAUUGAUCAAGAAGAAGAAAAAACGAAGAGAAAAACGAAAGAACUUGUUGAGAACAAGUGCAAAGCGAGAUAAAAGUCUCAAACUGGGAAUAGCUCUUCGCAAAAUUAAUUUGUGUGCCCAAUUGAGGAAGUAUCUAAAAGAGAAGAUGAGACUUGAGGGGUCAGCUGCAGAAGCAGCUGCAGAAGCAACAACAGCUGCAGAAGCAACAACAGCUGCAGAAGCAACAACAGCUGCAGAAGUAACAACAGCUGCAGAAGUAACAAGAGGUGGAGCAGCAACUGGAGGAGUGAUACCCGCUUCACCCAGCCCCACGAAGGAAAAACUAGUCUUUUAUCAUCCACUUUUACUGUUGAAUUAUGUUAAAUUGGGACUAUUUUCACAUGUGCAUAUUGCACUGAAGCUAUUACUGAACAUUCUGUUGAAAAAAUUUUUUAGACACAUGGAAAAGGUUCAAAUUGGGGAAAACAAAAUGUCAAAAGCUGGAAAUGCCCAAAUGAACGUAAUUAAGAAAAAUUGUGCAUUGCGUGUUGUAUUAGAAAAUGAAAAGUUGAAGAAAAAUUUUAAGAACAACUUUACAGAUAUAUCAUCUGUUCAGAAAAGCCAAUUCUUAUUUAACAUAAACUUUAUGAACACUGAAAUUUCUCGAAUUCGACAGAAUGAGAAACGCACGGGAAGUGGUGGUGGCUCUGGGUGUUCCUCCACUAGAAAUGAAAACCCUCCUUUUGGAUACAAUGGAAAUGGACAAAUGAAUAUAAAUUUGCAAGGAAAGCAGUUGGAUGAGAAGACAGAAAACAAAGAAAAAGCCAUUUACAUGUUUGAAGCUGAAUCGGUAUCCCUGGACGAUUUUAAUUUGAACUCAGACGAAGAUUCAGAAGGGGAAGAUGCCAACCGAGAAAGAGGUAAAAAUGAGUCUAAGAAGAAGAACAAAGAUGUGGACACAUCCAAAUCUCAUCGAUCAGACACAUCAAGCGAGCAAAACCAAUCAGACCUCCUUAGCGAAGAUGAAAUGGAUCAGGAGCAACAGAAAUUUAAGUCCAGUUUAAAAAACGCUAGUGUAAUGAAUUUCGAAAUAACAGUAGAAGAAGCACAAGCACUUCAAAUCUUACUUCUUCACUUUAAUGUUCCACAUUUGGAUAGAUUUUAUCAACUUCUUCUCUUUUGCGUGCUGAAUUCAUUUUUUGUAAAUUUGAACGAACCAAGCAGAGCGAAUCUACGUGACUCGAACAUCGCAAGUGAGUGUAGUGAAAGAAGUAACGACAGGAAUAGUAACCGAAGCAAGGACAGCCUUCAUAGGAGUGAAGAUAGAAUUUGUACAAACAACAGCAGAAGGAGUAGAUCAGCCUCUUCCUCGUCUUCUGAUGAUAAUAGGGGUGUGGAGAAGAAAAGGAGGAAUGCUUCAAAAUGCCAUUGUGAAUUUUUUCCAUUGAGGAUUGAAAAAGAAUUAAUAAAAACUGAUAAUAUGUACAUGUAUGAUCAUGUGAAAAGUAGUCCAGAUGUAGUAGGUUGUAACAACAGAAACAAAUUGAUUCAGGUAAUCCUUUUCUUUUAUCGAUUGUACAUGAAUUGUCACCUCUUGUUAAAUAUAACCCUAGAAAUUCAUCCACAGUAUGCAUAUUUCCUUUACUUUAUGAAUGAUAAUGUUGGAGCGGACUUAAAUAGCUAUUUAGAGAAUCUCCUUACACACUAUGAUCAUUUAUUUAGUACACAGAUUAAUAGAACCCAUUUGACUGAUGUCGAUCUGUUCGAUUUGUAUUCUCAUCAAACAGGAGCACGAUGGAAUUGCAGGAGGAGACAUCAUAGUGAUCAAAAUCAAGGUGCUUCCUCUACCAUGGGUUCUGUUACUAUGGCCACCACGGGCAGGAGCAGCAGAAUUGCACCACGACCCCGAGGUGACCGCUUGCUAUUCAGUAGAAGAAAAACAAAAAGAAGCAGAGAAAAGGGUAUUUUUCUACUGAAGGAACUAAAUAAUGUAAAAAUUGAAAAAAUUAGAAAAGUGGAAUUUAUAACAGAAAGCGUAGAAAAAUAUAACUUUUUCAAUUUUUUAAAAAAAAUGAAGUUAUUUUAUGUUCUAUAUGACAAGAUGAAUUUAUUUUAUCUACACGAGGUACUAACAAAUAGAACCAUAAAAAAAAUUAAUAGUCUCAAUAUUGAAGACAAGGAGAAACAAAAUGAAAUUAAUGAAUGUCUUGAUUUUUUAGCAUUAUUAUAUGUAGCAAAAAAUGAAAAACAAAAAUUAAUGCUAUUUUAUAAAAUUAAAAAACAACACAAAAUUUAUGAUUUUCUUUCCAACGAUUUUACAACGGAAAGAUGGAGAAAUGCACUUAUGAACAAUGCUUAUAAAUUGAUGCAAAUAAAAAGAUAUUAUUUAGCUAUAGCAUUUUUUAUUUUACGAGGCGAUGUAAAAGAUGUUGUAGAUGUAAUCCAUCAAUAUUUAAACGACACACAAUUGAGUAUAUUUAUAAUUAGGCUUAUUUAUGCUUCUUACAUACUUCAGGGACAUUGUGUUGGGGCUGCUAAUGUCUUUUCUCCAAGUGAGAAUCUUUUUUCGCACAUACAAGCAGACCAAAUCUAUAAGAUCAGUGAGAUGGAUGACUCCAACUUAUCUAGUGGAUCUAUCGUCCAUUCAGGACGAGCAUUUAUUCCAUCUAGCGAACUUGGAGAAGUGGGAGAAGUGAGAGAAGUGGGAGAAAUGAGAGAAGUGGGAGAAGUGAGAAAAGUGGGAGAAGUGAGAGAAGUGGACGAUGCGAAAGAAGUGGACGAUGCGAAAGAAGUGGACGAAGUGGACAAUGUAGAAAUACAGAAUUUUGUCUUUAAAUAUCUAGAUUACAUCCUGAACGAAAAAUUAAAAAUGGAGCAUCUCGAUUUCAACCAUGCCGGGCAAGGCACCCAUGAUGCUGCACAUCAUAGCUACCACCAUGUGGACGUCAUGAAAUGCAUCCUCCUUAUGAAUUACCCAGAUGCAUACUUCAAGUGCCAAGAAGAAGAGAAAAACAGUUUUCUCUUUUUGCUUUUAAAGAAUGUAAUAAAAGAGGAAUUGGAGAACAAACCGGGACAGGAGAAGUACGGAAAGUUGAUUGGGAAUACGAAGACUAUGGGAAAUGCAUUGUUUAUAGGAGGAACCCUGGAUAGAGAAGCCCAGAGGAAAUUUUACAAUUACAAUAUUAGUAUGAACAACAUUGAGUGCUACUUUAGUUCCCUUCAUUUCUUAAAAAAAAAAAUGAAUAACGUAUCGUUUAUUUUGUUUUUUAUUUUUUUUUACAACAUGGGUAAAGAAAAACAGUUAAUGCACCUUUAUCAACGAUACAAAGUUUUCUUCUUCGUGAUGUCUGAAGUGUACCUUGAGAUAUUUCUUGCCUCCAAUCAGUUUCUUUAUGAAGUUGUUUUUUCUGCACACGGUGAAAAUGGGCAUAUAGUUCGAAACCCUAGUGAGGACUGCCAAGACAGCAAUCAGAAGAGCAAUCAGAAAAAUAGUAAUAUGUACAACACCAACUUUAUGCAAUCUCUAACCGUGUUUGCAAAUCUGGUGCAUUUACUUUUUUAUUACAUCAGUAGCUGUUCCAAGUUAUGCUACUCCCAUAGUAGUGAUGGCCAUAGUAGUGGUGCCCAUAGAAGUGGUGUUGUUGUGGAAAAAUACGUCCCUUUUGAGAAUCGAACUUCGCAUCACUGUCACAAGGGAAAUCAUAAUUUUAACGAAGUUAACAGGGAUCAUAAGGUAAACUACAAUGCGGAUCAUAAUGUUUUUCACAAGAUGGAUGCACCAUUGAUGAAACGGCAAGAACGAGACGACUACUGGAGCGUUCAUACACCUGGAGAAAAUGCAGUUGCCAUAUCACAACUCUCAAACAAGAUGAGAGACUUGAGAACGAAAAACAACUGUGCUAAACAACGGGAUGUAAGCAAGUUUUUAAUUAACCUCUUGUCAAAAAUAAAUUCUGCAUCUAAUUUUGAGAAUAAUGAAGUGAUUCUGAAUCGAAAAAAUGUUAACUUUUUUAUGAUAUACAAAUUGCCAAAAAAUGAAAUAAAAGGAGAAGCAUACUCAUUAAAUCCCCAAUAUUAUGUUGUACUAAACAAGUAUAAUAGUAUUUUAACUCAUUUAUUUUUUCAUUUCUUCACUCUUUACACAGUUAAUAAAACAUGCAAUGAAGAUAUCAUUCAUUACAUAAUUAAUUAUAUCAUAUCGAUUCUUUUUAUAUAUAUAAAUGAUGUCGUCAGCAUUUUAUUUAAUUUUUUGAAGAACAAAAAAUGCAAUUUAUUGCCAUUUUUGCAUCUACCUUACCUUCAAAUUGUUAUUUUGCGACUGAGCCUUCGCAAUUAUUUUGCACAUGAAAGGGAUUCACACUGUGGCAUUGUCUACAAUGGUGAAAGAGGAGAAGAAGAAGCAGACGAAGCAGACGAAGCAGACGAAGCAGACGAAGCAGACGAAGCAGGCGAAGCAGAAAAAGCAGACGAAGCAGAAAUGAUAAGAAAGAUGCACCCUUUCCAAGACAAGGGACAUCCAAAAAUGGUUUCAACAGUCCAGGAAGAAGGUAUCAUUCGUAACAUGCAGAACAUCAGAGUAAGUAAGAAAUUCUUCUCAUACCACAUUCACUUGAUCGAUCUGUUUCUGUGUUACCUAACUGUGUUCAUAAUUUGCAUCAUCAUGCUAAGCACUCACUACAAUUUUUUCGACAACGAUGAGGUUUGUGUGAAUCGAGACAACUCCCUUCGUAGGAGAAGCAGAAACAGAGGCGGAGGCAAAAUGAGUAGACACUUGAAAAAGCUCUUCCAGAUGCUGCACAUCUUUUUGAAAAGAAUUAAACAUCUUAACUGGACGAUCGAAAAUGUGUACAAAGGAAAUGACAAUCCAACCACCACCGAUGCACUUGUCAAGUUUGUGAAUUUUGUGUAUCUGAAUGGAAAGAAGGGAAAACUGAAAAAUCGAGGUGACGCGAGUGGAACGGAAGCACAGUGCAAAACAUCCAACUGUAGGGAAAAAAAAAAAAAUUCACGCAAUAAAAUGAGGAAAGAGAAAACAUUAAAAAGAAGUGAAGAACAACAAGAAUCAUCAACAGCAUCAAAUGGGAUAGAAAAUGUGUUGAAAAAUCAUUCUAUCACAGAUCCUUUAAACAGAAAUGACAUAGAACCACAGAUCAGCAUACGAUCCUGUGAAUACAUGAACAAGGGGAGAAUGAUACCAUCAUCAGAAAUUGUAACAACAAAGGAAGUGCAAUCCGGAACAGUGCCCUCAUCAGAUUUACUUUUUGAAAAAUUCUGCAUUGUUAGUAUUUUCCUCUCGACCUUUGAACUUUUGAUUGGGAACUUUCACAUUUUUGCAUACAAAGCGAAUAUAUUUACGCCAAAGUUGCAUUUAAGGGAGAAAUACAAGCAAGUGAUGGUACAGAAUCAUGAACAUCAUGAUAGUAACAAUAGGAGUAAUAAUAGGAGUAAUAAUAGGAGUAAUAAUAGUAAUAAUUAUAGUUGUAAUAAUAGUAAUAAUUAUAGUUGUAAUAAUAAUGGUAAUAAUGAUAACGGCUUUCCCCCGCACGUUCACUUAAGCGAGGGAAGAACACCGUUCAAAGCACGCACUGCACACGAUAAGCACAGAAAUGCAAUGGUUCGAAAGAAAAACGAGAUAAAUAAAAAAAAGAAGAAAACAAAUAUUUUUUACAACAAUACGUGUAUACUUCUGCUUUGCAUAGAAAAUCUAUGCUAUUGCAUAAAUAAAUUUAUUUUUUCAAAAUUGAAAAUUUUACUGUACAAAUCAGCAUAUAAUAUUAAGAACACUCUUCUUACAUUUUUGUCAUUUCCUUUUUUUUUUCAAAAAGUUAAAAAUAGAAAUCAUCAUGUCCAAUGUGAACAUUUCAUCGAUUCUCACAUCUGCCUUUUUUACAAUAAGCAUAUUUACAAUAUUUGGAAAUUGAAUGAUUGCACAUACAGAUCUUUUCUCUUAUUUUUCAACAAAAGUUUUUAUGAUUACAACGAUUUUAUGAAUAAUAAAGUGAGUACUUAUCGAAAUGGUAAAUUGGGGUACUUGUGCAAUGACCAAUUAGCUAGUCAUGUUAGAGAUUAUUUGUUUACCCAGGGUGUUCCUGUAGACACCAGCGGUGUGAUAAGCGGUGCGAUAGGCGGUGGAAACGGUGCAAUAGGCAGUGGAAAUGGUGCAGUAGGCGAUGGAAACGGUGUAAUAAGCUGUAGAAACGGUGCAGUAGGCGGUGGAAACGGUGUAAUAAGCUGUAGAAACGGUGCAGUAGGCGGUGGAAACGGUGUAAUAAGCUGUAGAAACGGUGCAGUAGGCGGUGGAAACGGUACAAGCUGGGUAAGGGACGCAGAUGGAGGAAGGAUGACUACCUACUUAAGUCCCAUUAACAUCUCAAAUUCGAAAGAAAGAGAACCCAUUACAAAGAUCACGAACCGAGAAGAGUUAGAAAAUAAUCAGAUGCAAAACACAAGUGAUGUUUAUGGAAAAUCCACUCAGAACAACAACUUUAGCACACAAUUAUCACCAAACUGGGAGGACAACCAUCAUCCAGACUUUAAGGAAUAUAUAAAAUUUUACAAUCUUUACAAUAAUGGAUGUAGGAUUUAUGAAAAUGAAUAUCUUGUUAUGCCAAACACAAAUAUGGAGAAAGGAAACAUGACGUACAACCACGCUAACUUUCUUUUUAAGAAACCAAAGAGACAUGACCGUUUUUUGUCUUUCACUUCGAAAAUUAAUUUUUUUAAAAAUUUCAAACGUGGCAGUAGAGCCAACAUUAGUAUUGCACAGAAUAGAAAUAGAAAGAAUCCAAAUGAACAAUGUAACACAAAAAAACAGAUAGCGAAGGAAAGAACAAAUUCAGGAAAGGAACCAGGUGGUAAAAGGUCGAGAAAUGGGUUCCAUUCCGUGAACUAUGACAAUAUUUUUGAAAUUAAAAAGAGAAUAUUGAGCAGUGGAACAAAUCAGACAGACGAAGAGGAGGAAGAGGCGAUUGAGAAGGUGGCUGAAGAGACAGUAACGAAUGUGGAUUAUGUUCCUGGUGGUGAUAAGGGUGCUGCUGGAGAAAAUAGUGAAGACGCAUACAGUGUGAAUAGCGACCAAGAGGAGUGGAAUCGCUCAACCAUCCAUCACACGUAUGAUAAAGUGAGAAAUAAUGCUGAACAUGAGCAUGUCAAAGUUAGUGUUCAAGAAAAAAAGAGAGAUAUGGAUAUCAUCUGUAGUUAUCAUAAAGACACAAAAGUUGGAGAUCAUGUUAGAGAGGAAAAGUCACCAUCAGGAAACGCUGCACAUAUGAAUCGCUCUAAAAUAAAUCAGCAUUUUGACAUCCAAAAGUAUCAUCCAGAAUGGAACAUGACUAAAAAUAGAUAUUUGAAAAAGCACAAAAAAGUACAUAGUAAAUUACCACACGUGAUACCAUUAUCUUAUCUAUUUAACAGUAUGAACGUGAACGAAAGACAUGUUAUAGAAAAGGGUAAAAUGGACAGCCAUAACAGCACAAUAUUAUACAUACAUCGAAAAAAUAAAAUAAAAAAAAUUUCCAUUUUAGAACACUUAAAAAAAUUAAACAAAAAAUGCAGGUUCAUAAACUACAUAUCAUAUGACGAUUUGAGAAGCGAUCAAUGGAGAAGUGAUCGUCUACAUACUGAAAAUACCAGGAAGGAAGAAAUUAAGACUAAUCUCCAUGUGAAGAAACCAAAGGGGAUUCAAAAUCCAAGUGCAGAAAAUUACCACACAGAUGUGAUGCAGCAGUAUGCACGUAGAAUGUGCGAAAAUGGCGUGAAAAAUGGAAUAGAAAAUAGCGUGAAAAAUGGAAUAGAAAAUAGCGUGAAAAAUGGAAUAGUGAAUACGGAUCACAGUGAUGUUGCGGAUCUCCAUGGGGAGGGGGAUGGCCACUCUAAUAGCAGAAGAACGCAAGCACCUUUAUCACUCCACGGCAUGCUAGAUGUAGAACUCCAUUUGGAGAGCGUUUCUACAGAAUCUAAAAAAGUUGAAGCGUGUAGAAGAGAAACUUCAAGAAUUGGGGAAGUGCACUACAAUAUGAUGAAGAUUCCUGUGGACACUAAGGAAUGUCGUAAAAGAAACAGAAUAGAAAGUGGUAGUAGAAGUAGUGGUAGUAGUAGUGCUGGCAGCAGUAGUAGCGCUGGCAGCAUUAGUAGCGCUGGUAGCAGUAGUAGCAGCAGGGAUAAUGUGAAAAAUGAAAAGGUGUUCCUCGACAUCAACAUGAAUAAGUUACUUUACAUAUACAAAUGCAUGCAUAUACAAUGCAUGCAUAACCUCACCCCCAUGUGCUCUUACCUCAGCAACGCCAUUCCAAACGAUUGCAGCAUAACCAGCUUGUUCAGCAGCCCUUAUAACAACCAUUUUGUAAAUAAUAUGUUUUUCCACAAUCUGUUUUAUACCUAUGACAAUACCUUAACACUUCUUCUGAACGCGAACAAUUUGGAUUCAAUUUACUACAGCCCUCGUGCAGGGUCCCAGGAAGCAGCAGCAGGAGUGACGUCUGGUUUAUCCGUUCCUAUCGAUUGGCCCCUCCGUUACAGUGGGAAGGAGAGUAACCACGUGAAGAGAAACUUUCCCAAGACAAAAGAGACAAAGUGGAAAGGGGAUGAAAGUGUGCACGGUGAAUCAUCACAUUGCAAAAGAUCCCAUGAGUCUAGAACUUUGUUCUUUGGGAAAAAUAAAUCAAAUGGUGAUAAUCAUUUCUUGAGGUAUGAACAAAAUGAAAUGACAAAAGGUGAAGGGAUACUUCACCCCACGUGCCAAAAGACGAGCGUAAUAAGUGUGAAGAAAAAAUCCAAACCCGAGCCUGCGACUGAGACCGAGACCGAAACCGAGACUGAGGCUGAGGCUGAGGAAGAAUUUGAAAACAAUUUGUUAAUAUCCAAAUCAGCAGAAAAAUAUAUGGAAAUGACUCUGCUCCUUUUGUACAACAACAUAACUCUAAAUGACGCAGACAAAGUAAUAAAUGGAAUAAAGAAACAAAAAAGUGAAUUCAGAAAUUUACAGGAAUAUAUCGAAAGAAAUGCAAACACAUGUAUAAGAAAAAAGUACAAUUUUAUAAACAAAAUAUCAAAUGGAAAAGAAAGUUAUGGUCUUUUAAAAACGGGUGCUAUUAUUUCACAUCCAUUUCUACCCAUAUUUGCACUUAUACAUAUUAACAAUGAAAAAAGUACAACAUCUAAUCAGGAACAUUAUGAUAAAACAAAAUUUCAAAUAAGGUUAUGUAAAUUCUCAACUAACUAUGAUGCCAUUUCAUACAGGUAUGGAAUAAUUACCAGUGUAUCUUGGAACUCGAAUGGCAACCUCUUAAUGAUUUCAGAUAAUUGUGGAAAUCUAUACAUUUAUAGUAUUUUCUUAGGAGAUUUCUUAAAUUCACACAAUGUGUUAAACGGAAUGGAUGAUUCUUCAAAUACAUAUCGAAACACCUCGGCUUUAUCGAAUGCUGAUAAACGAAAAAAUGAUGUGAAUGCCAUGUACGUCAACAAGAAGAUGAACAAUUCUGAUAAUCCAACAAAACGGAGUUUGGAAAAAAAGGGGACACACGACGAGCAUGCCCAUGGGUAUGGCACCAACUGCCACAGGGACUACGAUUAUGAAAGAGACUACGACUAUGAAAGUGAUUAUGACUUUGGAAGUGAUUAUGAUUAUUACUUUGGAAGUGACUUUGAUUAUGACCAUGGCAGUGACAAUGACAGUGACGAUCCCAGUGAGAAUGGUGAUGAGUGCACUGAGCAGUACCAGCACUUGCAUGAUGCGGGGAGGAAAAAUGGUGGCCAGAAGGAAGAAGGGACAUGCACACAUGAUGGAAUCCAUGGGGACAUCGAAUCAGAACGUAGAGAUGAAGAAAUGAAGGAAACAAAAAGAAAGCGUGCUCAAAAUGGCAAAAAUAAAAAAGAGGAAGAACGCAAUGAACAUGACGAGCGUGCCAAACUUGGAAGUAAAAUAAAAGAGAGCAACAAAAAAAUACGCAACUUUUUUAAAGAUAAUUUUCUUAAAAACAAAAAAAAAAAAAAUUUAACUCAAGCACAUAGAAAAGAAAAAAUGAGGAGGAGGAGAAGAAGACACCAUCGCCACAGGAAGAGCAACUACAUCAUAAAGGAGGCCAUGUGCGUGGUUAAACUCCACAAUGAAGUUAUUGACGUAAAAUGUUUGGAUGAUAACACCUUUUACUUGGUUUCAAUCGGGAAGGGAAUCUGUAACAAGUCUGUGAGCAAUCAAACUGUGUUCAUUAAUGCCGAUUUUGAGAAGAUUGAGGAACAUCACCAGCAGCACCAGUGGUGUAAACAAGAUUCUUUGAAAGAUUCCACCAAAGAUUCAAUGAAAACUACCGAAACCACAAACGUCCAAAAUAACAGCAAUAACAUUCACGUGCCCACCCAAGAGGAAGAAAACAACAUGAAUCUCUCAGAAUUUAACAAAAACACACAGGAAGAGUACCAAAAUGAAAACAACAGAAGUAGAAUCAGAUCUAAAUUUUCCUCAUUCGAGUUUUACCAAAGUGAUAAGAUGUGUCUGGAAAAGGAGAAACCUAAUCAAAAGGGUAGACAGCAAUGUGGAAGAGAAAAACAAACAAGUCGACAAUUACAACAAGCUGAUAUGACAAAAAAAAAAAAAAAAAAUAAAAUAAACAAUGUAGAUGCUUUUUUAAAUCUACAUAUAUUUAAAAAAAAGAAAUCAUAUUUCAAAUCUUCCUUUUUCAAAUUUGAUGCACCUAACAAUAUGUUUUUUAAAAAAAAUAAAAAAUUGCAAAAUUCUGAUGCACUUUUGAACAAUAUAUGCAUAUGUGUUUGGGAUCUAUGCUCCAUUUUCACCAACGAAGAAAAAGAUUUUUUAAAAGAAAAAACGUUAGUAAAUGAAGAUAUAUAUACAAAUUAUGUUAGUGCAAACAGUAUGAACAUGUCGGAACUUAGAACCACUAAUAAUGGGUAUGGGAAAAAUCAAGCACCAUCAUCAAAUAGACUACACGCACAAAACAAAACAAAAACAGAAAAUGGAAAAGUACUACACCCCACCUUAGUGUGCAUCAUAAGUAACUUAUCUGAUAAUAAGACUCAAGGAAACAAAAGAAAAGGAAUAGACAGUAACAAUUCUAUUACAACUUUCUGCACGUGGUCAUCGACUAACAACUUUUUAUGCAGAGCAAUAGCCCCCAAUCAGUUCGACCAUCAGGAGAAGCAGCGAAAAGAAAAAAUGACAAAAAAUCACAAGACAGGAGAAGAGAAGUACAGCAGGAGGGAAGAACAGCACAGCAGGAUAGAAAAAUAUAACAAUUUUAACUCCAUUUCAGAAACGCCAAAGAAAAAAGGAAUCUUUUGGCAUCUCUUUAAAAACAAAGUUUACGCAAAUAACUUUUCCACAGAUGCAUAUAUAUUUUAUGGUGAUCGGUUGGGUUACAUUCAUGUUGUCCAUUUGCAGAUGUAUAAGGAAAUUCAUUUCUUCAGAGCCUUCGACGUGCCCAUACUUAAAAUGUUUAUAUGUGUAAAUUUAGACACCAAGUUAUUGAUAUUGGCAGACGGACGGCUGCGCAUAUAUGAAGUUGAAUCUCCUGUAGACAUCAAAUUCAUGAAAGAAAUGCAAAUAAAACACGACAUCACUCCAAAAAAGUGCAUAUGUGAAGAAAAAAUAAAAGAACUACAGGAAAAGAAAAAGAAAGUGGAGAAUGAAAACGAAGGUAUAUCUAUUUUUAACUUGUCAUACUUUUUAUCUUCUAGCUAUCCUAAGAAGCAAGCCAAUGCAGGGACUGAGGAAAGAAUAAAGAAUACAUCUUCUAAUUUGAACAUUACGAAUGGUUUUAAUAACAGUAAUGUUGGAAAUAACAGCAGUAACUUAGGAGGUAAUGUUAGUGGAAAUGAAAGUUUUUGGAGCAAGAAAUUUUCUUUAGAGAAAUCUAUCAAUAUGGUGAACGACUCCCCCAAAAAUACCAAUUUUUUAGAUUCUAAAAAUGGACAUAUAAUGCACUUAUCUGGAGAAGACAAAGGAAAAGAAAAAAACAAUUCCCAUUUUAGAGAAAAUAAUAGCUCUUUUAAAAAGUACAAAAGUAAUUCAUCAUCAAAUUCUGCAAAUCAUUUCAAAACGGCUAGUGACAGUGAAGACGAUGUAGAUGCAAACAGUGAUAAAGAUGCGUAUCAAAGCGUAAUAAUUGGUGGAAUCAAUUUUGGCUACUUAGGAUUCAACCUUUCCAAAUUUAUAAACAAUAAAAAAAAAACAACCAUAGUAGAUGCAUACCUCUUAUCCAAUUCUCACUUGGUCACUAUAUCCAGUAACGGCACAAUCACUCUUAUUAAAAUUUAA